AUGUCUGUGUCAUCAAUAGCUAAACUAACAAAAUAUUUUAAUUGCUACAAUGCUAUUCCUUCUGCUACAUUGUGUUGUAAACGAUUAACGGCACCGAAUUUUGAUGCAUUAGCUCAGCAAUUUCAACAAGAGCUAAAUGGAAGACAAAGUUCUGAUGGUGGCUGCGAACACGAUGUUAUGAUAUCUAGCGAUAAAAUUAUAGAAAGACGAGAGUGGAUGAACGCUCCAGUUGUUUAUUGCGACGGAUCGUUUGAAUGGACAUUAAAAAAAGGUGGAAUUGGAAUAUUUUGGAGUCCAAAAGAUGAACGUAAUGUGCAUUUGUCGUUGACAGGAUCGAAAAUUACUAAUAUUCGUGCUGAAAUAAAAGCUGUCAGCUUAGCUGCUUUGCAAGCAUGUUCACUUAAAUUUGAACGAGUAAUCAUCAAAACAGAUUCGCAGUUCGUUGUCAAAGUGAUAAAUUCAUGGUUGUCUAGAUGGCGGUUGAACGACUGGAAAAAAGCAGAUGGAAGACAAAUUGAGAAUGUGGAUGACAUACAAAAACUGAGUCGUUACACUGAUAUGAUUAAAAUGAGAGUAGAGCAUACGUAUGGCCAUCAGAAAUACGAUGCAACUAAAGGAUGUGAACAAAUUUGGGAUGACAUGUCAUGCGAUGUAAAGGAUCGUUGUGGAAACUUUUAUAGUGAUCAGUUAUCAAAAUUAGCUAUUGAAGAACCGAUGAUGACUGAUGAACUCUUUGAACAACUAUGUGAAAGCAGACUAGCAAAACGAAGCCAUUAA